AUGGGCUGUACAUGGUAAUGGCUGUGAUCUGUUCGUGCCACUGAGCGGCUGUGGAGUCGGUCUGUGGCGGAGGCGUUUGAACCAGCUGGUUUGUUAGCGAAGGAGCGGAACUAUAAGGAAUAAGUGCUGGACGGCGCGGGCAGGAAGGAGUAGCGUGGGCAUCGACACAGUGACCUGGGAGGAAUGUAGAUUCCGAACAGGCUGGCUUGUUUUGGUGCUUUGCAGGUCAAUUGCAAAAGGCUGCAUAGUCAUCCCCAACGCGAGUGUGUCUUAUAAUUGGGGAAUACACGGAAUAAAUAACAGUGACAUUCCACCCAGAAGGACGAUACCGGCGAGACGGGAGGAUCCCGGCAACGAAAGGAAUAGCGUGCGAUGGGCAUGAAAUUCUCGGCUGCAGCCGUCUGCAUGUACGGCGUGCAGCGAUCUCACACAUAAUAAGAGCACGCUGCGCACGCUCUCCAGUGGGCUUUAUGCAGUUGUGGAGUUUUUGCUUGAUGUGUUCGUCCUGACACUUUGUUCAUACAUUCCUAUUAUCAAAAGUUGAAGCCUAUCGAAGUUGAAAAACCAGGAUAAAAGACCAAAGCUCCUAGGACAAGACAGGACCCAGGUUACAGACAGAAUGAUUGAGGAGUGUGGAAGAAGAGGGAAGACCAUGGCUGAGAAGAGGCAGCUAUUUAUGGAUAUGAGGGCUCAAAACUAUGAUGUGAUCCGGCUGUCCACCUAUCGGACAGCAUGCAAGCUGCGGUUUGUGCAAAAAAGAUGCAAUCUCCAUCUUGUAGAUAUAUGGAACAUGAUUGAAGCUUUUCGGGACAAUGGCCUCAACACCUUAGACCACAGCACAGAAAUUAAUGUAUCUCGAUUAGAGACCAUCAUUUCAUCUAUCUAUUACCAGCUGAAUAAACGCCUGCCAACCACCCAUCAAAUCAGUGUGGAACAGUCCAUCAGCUUACUUCUCAAUUUCGUCAUUGCGGCAUAUGACAGUGAAGGGCAUGGGAAGUUGACCGUAUUCUCAGUUAAAGCCAUAUUGGCAACAAUGUGCGGAGGCAAGAUCUUGGACAAACUUCGGUACACUUUCUCACAAAUAUCUGACUCCAAUGGAAUAAUGAUGUACAUGAAGUUUGACCAGUUCCUGAGGGAGGUUUUGAAGUUGCCCACUGCUGUAUUUGAAGGCCCAUCUUUUGGCUACACAGAACAUGCUGUACGAGCCUGUUUCCCACAACAGAAAAAAAUUACUUUAAAUAUGUUUUUGGAUACAAUGAUGGGCGACCCUCCUCCACAGUGUCUGGUCUGGCUACCACUUAUGCAUCGACUUGCCAAUGUGGAAAAUGUAUUCCAUCCAGUGGAGUGCUCAUAUUGUCGCAGUGAGAGUAUGAUGGGUUUCCGCUACCGUUGUCAGCAGUGCCACAACUACCAGCUUUGUCAGACUUGCUUUUGGCGGGGCUAUGCCAGUGGCUCCCAUAGCAAUCAACAUCAAAUGAAGGAGCACUCCUCUUGGAAAUCACCGGCAAAGAAGUUGGGCCAUGCAAUUAGCAAAUCCCUUGGAUGUGUACCAAGUCGAGAGCCACCUCAUCCAAUAUAUCCUGAGAUGCCGGAGAAACCUCUAGAUUUGGCUCAUAUAGUCCCCCAACAACGAUCAUUGCCAAACAUGAAUGAUGCCAUGGUAUCCCACUCAGUAAUUUCCUCUGGAGCACCGACUCCUACAAAAAGGUUACAGUACAGGCUGGACACGGCUACCCAGCUGGCUGAUGAGCACGAUCUGAUAGCAGUCUAUGUGAGCCGGCUGCAGCAUAGCACACGUGUCCUGGACAGCCCUAGCAGACUGGAUGAAGAACACAGGCUGAUUGCCAGGUAUGCUGCCAGGUUGGCUGCAGAAGCUGGAAACACACAGCGUUCAACUUCAGAAAUGACCUUCAACUUUGAUGCAAACAAGCAGCAGCGGCAACUAAUCGCUGAACUGGAAAAUAAAAACAGGGAGAUUCUGCAAGAAAUUCAGCGUCUCAGAUUGGAGCAUGAGCAGGCCUCCCAACAGACCCCAGAGAAAGCACAGCAGAAUCCAACCUUAUUGGCUGAACUGAGGCUACUGAGGCAAAGAAAAGACGAGCUAGAGCAGCGGAUGUCAGCCUUGCAAGAGAGUCGCCGAGAGCUGAUGGUACAGCUUGAAGGACUAAUGAAGCUGCUGAAGUGCUGCCUGUGAUCUUCCAGAUGCUAAAAGAUUGGUGCUGAGCCUUACAAUGUGAUCGAGGGUUUUGCUUGUCAUAAUCUUUACUUUAAAAUAUUUAUUUAUUAUUCAUAGGAUUUUUUUCUCCUUUUUUAUGUACGUGUUUAGUUCCUGUGCACUCAAAACUUGUAUGAUUAGACCAUUUCUGAUUACAAUCCCAUCUUUUUUGCACAGACAAUGAUUGUAGAUAGUGUUUCCCUAAUGGCUGAUAAGUCCAUCAACUCUCUAAGCGUAUGAUGUAGUGUUUGCAUACAUUUCUUCAUGACCAGUUACUUGAAGCUGCAAGUCACUCAAAGCAAUUCCAUCAUCUCUUUCCUUCAUGCAACUAGCUUAACACUUCAUAGCAAUUAAUCUUAAAACUGAGACUUGAACUUGGCUGGCAAUUGAGCAAUUAAUCUCUGCUUAUUUGUUUUGCAGGAUCAACUUAGAUUUCACACUUUUACAAUUCCAGACGGUCUUUGAUUUUUAUUCCCUCUUCGAUCUUCUCUUCUUUCGAGGGUCUUCCCAGAAACCAUCCACUUCCAGGACCUUUCUUUUCUCAGAUUUUUUUUAUUCCUUCUGACCACAGCUUAAAAUUUCUAGCAGAUGUUAACCAGUUUUGUUGUUUGCAGUUUUAAAGAUUUCUUCCAUUCUUCCAUUCUUUGGUUUUAUGUUACUGCUUUAUUUUUUUUGUUUGUUUUUAUUUAUUCUAACUUUUGUAUUAAUUUCUAGUCACCUUGAUUAAGUCAGUUACUUCAACGGCUUUGUUUUAUUAAACUAUCCGAUUCGGAUAAUGUUUAAUAGUUUAGAAAUGAAUGCGGACAUAAGGCCACAUAGAGGAGAGCUAUAAAACAGAAAACUGCAGGAUGGUGGUAGUUCUGAGCAAAAUAUCACUCAGGAGGCAUUGCGAGAGUGUAACAAUCAGCUAGCAGAAGUGGUAGAUGUGAAUUUAACAUUCAGGAAAGGUUUAUACAAGUACAUGGAUAAGAUAGGUAUGGAGGACUGUGGCCCAGGUGCAGGUGCUGUAAAUGGGACAAGGUAGAUGACCAUGCUAGCAUGGAUUAGAUGGGUCAAAAGACCUGUUUUUUUGUGUGCUGCAGUGCUCUAUGACUAUAACUUCCCCUACAAGCCUUAACAUAUUUAAUGACGUAAAGCACAGCAAGAGAAAAUCUGCGGAUGCUGGAAAUCAAGUAAACACACACAAAAUGCUGGAGGAACUCAGCAGGCCAGGCAGUAUCUAGGAAAAGAGUAAACAGCGUUUCAGGCUGAGUGCUGAUAAAGGGUCUCAGCCCAAAGCAUAAAUUGUUUACUUUUUUUCCAUCAAUGCUGAUGGCCUGGCUUGGCCAGGAUUCUGUGUGUAUUAAUGACUUAAAUGAUCAUUUUGUCAGAGUUUCUAGUAGGAUUUAGAGUUUUUGAGUAAUUUAGCUAAAUGUGCAAAUGAAAGCAUGAAAACAAGGAACAAACUGAGAAAGCAUCUUUCUAAAUGACACAGAAGCAAAGAUUUACUUCAUAGUUUCUUUUUGUUUGUAACCUAAGAGCUUCACAUACACAUACACUCCAAGUUGCUGUAGAAUUUUUGCUUUUUUGUCCUCUUUGAUAAAUUCUGUCAUAUCUUAGCCUGCAAUAAUAAUGGAAAGUGCAUCAGUCAGAUGUAAAUAUUUCCAAUCUGUCUAAAAUCGAAAUCUGCCUAUCUGGGUGAUGUGGUGUUUUGCUUCUGCAUGAUAAUACACUACUUUGGCUGGCAGUCUGAUAGUUAUUCUUGCAAUAGCUUACUGUAUUGCAUGAAAUUAAUACUUUUACUAUUGUUGGUUACUCUUUCGACUUAAAGCAUGCUGUAAAAAUAAGUAGGACAUGGUUGAUUUGCCUGUGCAAGAGCAAUUAAUUGAAAUCAUACAGUUGUGCAGGAAAUGUACUGCAAGAACUAUGACAGAGCUACAGGAACAAAAGCGCAAGUGAGCACAAUGCUUGUUUACUAUUCAUAUUGGUCAAUAAGUAAUGAAAAGCAGCCUGCACACCCGGUUGUGCUGUUGCUAUGGUCAACGGAAUGGCAGAAACUCUGAAGGGAGGAAAUCUGCUUGAACGUUAAGGUAUAUGAGCCAUAAACAGGUUGAGAAAUGUAUGAGUUGACACCCAGCUUGACUCAACAUGAUAGACCAAUUAGCUUCUGCAAAUCCACCUGUACACCAUAGAAAAACCAAAAUGGCAAAAUUAUUUGCAGAUGGAAUUAUAAACCAAAGUUUACACGGUCCCACAUUAAAUUUCAUACAAAAGAACAAGGUCAAAGGAUUAGAAUGAAUGUGUAAAUGAAAUGCUACAUCUGGUAUUUUAGUUGCAGUAAUAAAAACAAAUAAUGAAGUGGUAAUGGUAGAAUUAAUAAAGAAAGAAGGAAAAUGCCAAAAAAUAUAUUUAUAGGACCCUGACUCAAGUUCUUCUGGGUACAAUAUGUAGUUCUGGUCACUUAGACAGAAGGACUUUGCCUGCAAAAAAACAAUGAAAAUAACCUCUUUUAUCAAACAUUUUAACUUGGGAAGAUAUGGUUAUGAAUUGAAUUGAGUAAAUUAGUAUGUAUCACUUGAUUAUUAAGUGACUGUGCUAAGAAAGCAAAAGAUACAAGUUUAAUUUAUGAUUAGAAAUAGAUCACAUAGUAGAGUUUUAAAAAUUUGUUAUCAGACAUAUGCAAUUCUAUUACUUUCCAAAUGAACGCUAAAAUUACAUUUGCCUUCCUUACUACCAACUAAACCUGCAAGUUAACCCCUAGGAAAUUCUGCACUGAGACUUCCAAAUCCCUUUGCCUCUCUGAUUUCUGAUUUAUUUCUCCAUUUAGAAAACAGCCCAUAUCUUUAUUCCUUCCACCAAAAUGCAUGACCAUAUAUUUUCCUUGUGCCAUGCUCCAUCUGCCUCUUCUUUGCUCGUUCUCCAAGCCUGUCUAAAUCUUACUACAGUUUCUCUGCUUCCUCAACACUACCCCUGUCCACCUGUAUUUAUAAAAUCUGCAAACUUGGGCACAGAGCCAUCAAUUCCGUUAUCUGGAUCAUUAAUAUACUGUACGACAUGAAGAGUAGUGGGCCCAACACUGGCAGCUAUGCAGGAAAGAACUCCUUUAUUCCAACUCUGAUUUUUUUUUCCCAGUAAGCCAGUCAUCUACUAAUGUUAGUACCUUUCCAGUAAUACCAUGGAUUCUUACCUUGUUUAGCAACCUCAUGCAGCACCUUGUCAAAUGUCUUCAGAAAAUCUAAGUAAGCAACUUUCACUGUCUCUUCCUUUGUCUAUCCUGCAUGUUAUUUCCUCAAAGUAUUCCAAUAGAUUUGUCAGGCAAGAUUUCUCCUUCAGGAAAGCAUGCCUUUUAUAUGUGUCCAGGUACCUCAAAGCCACAUCAUUUAAUGAUGGACUCCAACUUUUAACCAACCACUGAAGGCUGGCUAACUGGCCUUUAGUUUCCCCUCCCUUCUAAAACAGUGGAGUGAUGUUUGUGAUUUUCAGUGCUCUGGUGGUACUGCUUUUGACUAGUGUUUCUUGAAAUAUCAUCACUAAUGCCUCCACACUCUUUUCAGCUGCCUCUUUCAAUAUGUAGACCAUCUGGUGCAGAUGACUUAUUCACCUUCAAACCUUUCAGCUUCUGAAGCACCGUCUCCUUAGUAAUACACACACUUCUGCCCCUAACUCUCAAAUUUCUGGCAUGUUGAUGGUGUCUUCCAUGGUGUCAUUAGGUACAUUUAAUGUCAGAGAAAUGUGUACAAUAUGCAUCCUGAAUUUUUUUUUCUUUGCAAACAUCCCCCAGCUCCCCCCUCCCACACACAAGCAGCAGUAGAACAACAUAGUUUAAUUUAAUUCUAUAUAUUUUUUUUACAUUGCUUGCAUUUCUUCAUUAUAUCCUUGGUCCCUGUAAGUGUUCAUUAUGUCAAUAUAUAAAGGAGAUUAGAUGGAUCCAUAUUGCCGCAGCACCGAAUUUCAGGCACCACAUUCCCAUGAAUUGACUAUAGAAGAAAGAUUGGAAGAUAAGUAGUGCUAUUACAAAUCAUAACACUUUUGUUUAGUGUUAGUGAAAUUUUAACAUUUAAAAUUUUGUGAGAUGGUUAACAUUCAUUUAUUUUUAACCUGUCUGAUAUUUGAUCAUUUUGAGUGAACCACAGAUCUCAUUAAACUAUUGGGUAGAAAUAUAUGUGUGCUUUGUAAUGAAGUUAAUGUGCUUCAUGACUGUAAAAGUUUAUUUGCAAUUUUUGAAUGCAUCUGAAGCCCAUGCUGGACUCAUGUCAUUCCCAUGUAUCGGCAUAGUGCAGGAGGAGUAAACCAAGAUGUCCAGAUGCAUGCUAAAACUGAACACUUAUGUCAAAAGUUUUGUCUUAUAGUUUACCCUGUUUACUAUAAAAUUGCAGAAGAUUAUUAUUUACCUACAUGCCAGUUUUUUUAGGUCAUCUUUUCAGUGUUUUGGACAUAUGGAGCAAUGUUGUUUGAAAUUGGUGAUGUGGUCUGUUUGGUAGACUACAAUUACUGAUGCUCUGUUUUCUCAUUAUUAUUAUCAUGAAUUCUUACAUUUAAUAAUUAGAUGACUGCUAUUUCAACUGAAUGUUUUAGAUUCUCAUUUUAGACUCUGGAACUUAGUUAUGUGUUGGUCGUGCACAACUGACAUGGCCAAUAUCACUCCCAUGUCCCCAUACAUUUCCUCUUUCCAAAUAUAUAUGUUUAUCCAACAAGCUCAGUUUUUUUUCAACAAACCCAGUUCCCAUAGAAUAUAUAUAACCACACAUACUCAAGUAUGGAGUUUGGAUUAUGAAGCCUUCUGUUACAAAGGUAUUUUUGCAUAUUGAAAUCAUGUAAAAACAAAGUAUAUAGAGCUUUUAAAAGUUUAAAAGUUUAUGACUGGGCAAGCACAGUGAUGUUGCAGUUUGCUUGAAGCCUCCUUCUGAUUCCUUAAGUAAUUAUGAUGUUUCUCGUGUCAUCUUGCCUUGUCAUAACCUUAAAUAUCUAUCCAAUUGAACUAAUAUUUUAGGUUUGAAGUGACCUAUUGUAAUCUAGGUGAAAGAAACUAUACAUUAACACCAAAGUCAUGCCUUAUUGGUUAAAUGAUUGUAUUCAAAGAUGUUUUAAAUCCAAGCAAAUGCCUUAUAUGGCAGCAAAUGAAUCUUAAUUGACUAUUUGAAUUCUUAUUAAGGAAAUAUUCAUUAUAAUUAUUUCUUUAAGUUAAUUGUUUUCAAUUAAUUUUUACAUGAAUAAUUCUAUGUGUUUAUUGGCAUUUUAGAGGGGAUUGUAACCGAAACUCAGGCCCCCAUAAAUGCUAUUUGUUGUUUUCCUGCUUCCCUUCUGCCUUUAAAGCUGGAAAGUGGAUAAUGAUUUGCCUACCCUAGUUUAUAGCCUGAUAUCAGAGAUGGCUGAGGUUGAUCUCACAUUGUUCUGUCCCAGAGCCAUUGACGUCCAAAUUGUUGGGUGGUUGACAGUGACUUUCCAUAUUAGAAGUUUCCUCAAUCCAAGCCUUCACGGAACACAGCAUGUGAUCAAUGAGAUAUGUCUCCCGAGAUCAAAUGUAUGCAUCAGCCGAUUUGGGUUGAGCAUCUGGAAUCUUGGCAUUUAUCCUUAGAGGUUUGUUUUUAAACUUUGAACUAUUUUUAAUUCAGUUGACUACAUCAGUUGAUUGGUACAAAUUGGCAAAACUUCAAGAUUAGUGAUCACCACUAGCAUAAUAUCUGUUUCUGCUCUAGUUAAAAGUUCCAGCUGUCCUUUGUAGCAUUUGGCCCAUGUUUCUAUAUCAUAAUUUCUAACCAAAAAACAGGUGGUCAUUUAAUUUUUAAAUUGUGGGAACUUUUAUUUUGUCUGUUUUUUAAAAAUAUUGUUGGACAGUGUUUGACUGAAAUUUUGUUAAACGUCUACAUUUAUCAGUUUGUUCAGAAUAAUGUGGAACUUUUCAUGAAAUGUUUCCUUUUUUAUUGUUACUAAUAUUAUGAUAAUUCAACUACCUUCACAGAAUGGCAGCUGAUGCACAUCAAAAUACUGUUACAUGUAUUAAAGUAAUGUGCAAAUAAAAUGAAAACGAUACAAUAAAUCUUCUGUUUUUAAACACU